GAGACGGUCAGCACGUUCAGGAUGAUGGUGUUGCGCCGCGUGCACCUUCUCGGCGCUCUGCUUCUGCUUGCAGCACCGCCAGGAAAAUGUCAAAACGCAACGAGCACUACAGAAUCCGCAUCACAACAGGAAACAACAACUUUGGCAGCGCAGCCAGAAACAACUUUGACAACGCAACCAGAAACAACUUUGACAACGCAACCAGAAACAACUUUGACAACGCAACCAGAAACAACUUUGACAACGCAACCAGAAACAACGACUUUGACUACAACAUCAGCUCCAACAACGACGACAACACCCUUGCCCUCCGACCCUGAGGAGAUGUACGCACGGAUUCAGUUUGCGCUGGGUCCGACCAACAUCGAGCUGACCCCAGGCCAGCCGUUUGACCUGCAGCUGAACAUCAGCGUACCUCCGCUGGACCACGUGCCGCCCACCGACUUCAAGAUUGAGGUGUUUGGCCACGCCAUCACCGGCACCGUGUACACCCGGUUCGCGCUGUUCGACCCGCGACUGCAGAUGGACGACGACUCCCAGUCGGUCGCCAACUUCACCACCCACCUCAACAGGAGCACCGAGUUCCCCAACAUAUAUCACUCUGGAAGAUUUGUCAUAAGCAACUUCACAACUACAAAGGAGGGGAUACUGAUUUUCGUAAUUAGAACGGCCCUUUUGAAAUCCUCCACCAUGACGUCGGGCAGCUCGUACCCGAUAUCGGUGGCCGUGACCUUUGGCGACGGCCUGUUCGGCUGGUCACAGCAGGCCAUGUACAUCUGCAGCCAGGCAGACGUGACCUUUGACUUCAAUGGAGUGCUGGCGCCGAGCGCCGGCGGAACCUCGGGUCAGAUCGAGAGGCGGGGCGCAGACCGGAUCGACGUCCAACUCCAGUACACAAACGCGUUCGACGAGCUCCGGUUGGAGGUCUCGGGGACGUCAGUCAAGGCGGAUGUGUUUUCACUCACCGCCAUCGAACUGCAAACGAUGGAGUCAAGCUUCGGUAGCUGUGCCGCUUUCCGUGACGAUGUGAAUAGUACCAGUGUCUUUGAGACGUCGUCUUCAGGGAGAACUAAACGGGCCGUCAGCAGGAGCUUCGGAAAUAUCCUCAACUGUGGCGGCGCGCAGCCUCGCUCGGCGGGCGAGGACGACGAGAUAGUCCUGGGGUUCGGCGUCGUCACCGACGGAGAGCCCGGCGACACCUUCACCAUCACCGUCCGGGUGCUGCUGAGGGGCGCGCUGAAAAUGACGCAGUCACUCACACUCACCCUCAUCGAAUCAACAACUGCCACACUCGGCACUAAAUAUCAAAUGGCGCGUGUCGGAGAGGGGGUCAAACUGGCGCUGACGGAGCCGGCUCCAGGCGUACCACUCGACAUCAGCCCCGGGAGACAUGUCACCUUCGACAUGUCUUACGAGUUCCUCAGUCACCAGUCGGAGCAGUGCAUUAAAAACAGAGACCCGAGUAUCGACACCGAUGUGUACGUUUUCCAAGGACAGCUCGUCGUUACAGGCACAGAGGCCCAGCCGUGCGGUGUGUCGGACGGCGACCGAUCGGAGGCCGUCUCUCCCACCCUGAUGCCCACCGACGUCUCAGUGUUCGACGGCAACUCCUCCAUGGUGUUCUGGCUCGGACCGACCUUCUACGCAGGAGUCAUGGAUUACAAGCCUGGAGCUAACGAGUCCAGGCGUAUGUCGGUGCGUCUGACGUUCCUUAUCGCUGAGACGGCCCAGAACCCGAGCGUCUCAGUGACGUUCCGAAGCUGGGAGACCGUGACGGCAGCCAUACCGCUGAUGACCGAGAGCCAGAGACCGAAUGCCACCACUUCCAGAGCGUUCCAAAUGGAGGGCAACAUCACCAGCACUCUACCACGAACGGAGAGCACCAGCACCACGCUCUACGCCGGCGGCGUCGUCGCCUUCAACAUGACCGUGUUCGUGCCGCCCGGCGGCAGCUACCCCGACUUUCGAGCGAUGGCGGCCCGCCGCGAGACCGGCCUGGGCCAGCUGCGUCUCUGCCGCGCUAGCGUCGUCGCAGUGGGCGCCAACCUGCCCUGCAACCGGUACAACUUUGCCGAUGCCCCCGCCGUUUACAACAGGAGUGACUUGUCACACAGCCACCCGGAGCCCGACACCGGCGCCGUCCAGCUGGGCUCGGUGUGCGCCGUUCCCACCGAGCUCCUGCACGGCGCACGAGACAACCUGCUGGUGGCCAACUUCGUGUACCAGCACCUGGCCAAGUUCGGGCCCAACAACACCUUCGAGGACAGCAACCUGCCCAACCCGAUCUACUUUAACGCCAUUGUGGAGAGCGACGCUGUGGCGGGCGGUUUUGCUGCUCAGAUCGGGUACGCCACGUCCACCAGCCGAGCGAAGCUGGCCGCCGUGCCCGCCAGUCAGCCGCGCAAGAUCUGGGUGUCGGUCCGCGGCGCCGGGCCGUACCGCCUCGGCCAGACCGUGCUGGUCGACCUCAACUUCAAGUGGAAUCCGGGUGUCAUCUCGGACGCCUGGUGGACGAUCACAGCAUCCGAGGGCGAGGACCAGGUCAAAUUCUGCGACAUCCGAGUCACCCACAUCGGCGACAACUACGCCUGCAAACAGGAGGCCAAGCAGCUACCGCUGAUCCACAAGCAGUCCUACGACAGUCCCGAGUCGGAUUACGGAGAGCGGACACCGUUCAACAGCUCCAGGGCCACGUCUAUGGUGGCCCACCUGAUGCGAUACGCCAACGCCGGCCUGUGGCCGACGUACGCCGACACCGCCAUCCAGGACGCCGACACGGUCAGCACGUCUGUGGCCGUGACGAUACCAACCAGCGCCGGCACCACCGCCUCCUUCCAGGUCGCCCUCAACGAGGUCAACUUCGUGUGGACCGAGACCGUGCAGCUGCAGGUGGACACGAGCCAGACGGCCGUGGCCGCCGAGCCCAAAUCACUCACCUUUGUCGCUGACAGCGGUGAAGACUGGACCGUCUUCCCCGGUGUUCUGAAAACAUUUGAAGUCGUUCUGGAGCUGGAUGACAACUUUGAGCGUACCGUCCAGCUGGUGCUCGGGUCGGCCGACGAUGUGCCCAAGUACGACGCCUGCUGCGCCUACGUCACCUUCGUCGGCGAGAACAUCCCGUGCAUCAACGUCGCCGAGAUGCAGACGGAGAUCUCAAAGAGCUCACCCUCUGUGGCCGGCCACGACGUGCUGACGUUCGACAUGGGCCGGCUGUGCUCGGUGCCGAUCGCGCCGCGUAACACCACCACCCACCAGCUGCGGGUGACGCUCGGCGUGCGGCCGCACGGCGCGCUCACCGCCGGCGACCAGCUGGGUGUCACGGUCACCGUGCUGCUCGACGGCACCGUGAUGGCUGCCGGAGCCGUGUUCGGCCAGACCCCGGCGCCGCCAACGACUACCGCCGCCGCCACCACUGUGGGCGACGCUCCCCUGGCUGAGGGCGAUAUGGUGCUGUCGGAAGGCGAUGUAGCCCCAACCGAAGGCGCCACGGCCCCGCCUACAGGCGAUGCGGCUCCUGUGGGCGAUGACACCAUAUCUGAAGGCGAUGAAGCUCCGUAUGGAGACGAUACUGCACUGUCUGGAGACGAUACCGCACCGUCUGGAGACGAUACUGCACCGUCUGGAGACGAUACUGCACCGUCUGUAGACGAUACUGCACCGUCUGGAGACGAUACUGCACCGUCUGGAGACGAUACUGCACCGUCUGGAGACGAUACUGCACCGUCUGUAGAAAGCCGAAAGCGCCGCUCGACUGGCCCCGGAGGACCGCUCACCAUCACAUUCACCGUAUCGGCCGACUCGUUCACGGGCGAAACGACUACCGGCGACAUCUCUCUUGUCAACUCCUCUGACUCCACUCCGAUGACAAACAUGAGUGGCACGACCUGGGCGCGCUUCAACGUCUCUGUGCCAACCAGCUCGGUGGCCAAGCUCAGCCUGGUGGUGACUGGCUACUCGGAGCACGGCCGGGCAGCGGUGGUCCCCACCGGAGGUCUCAGAUUUUUGGGCCGCGGACGGAACGUGCCCUGCGCUGCCCUUUCGGACCUGAACGACACCAUCGAGCUGUCCAGCACUCUGUCCAACUCGCAGAAUGACGUCAUCUCCCUGGACGUGGGAUACGUCACUAAUACAGGGAUGUCCCGCGUCCGGUAUCCCAGUCCGGACUGGGUGGAGGCAGACGACAUGGUGCAGUUCGAGGUCGAGCUCCGGUUCAGCGACCACCCUCGGGCCACCCACGAGACCCCGCUGCCGGUCACUCUGCAGGUGAGGUACGGCUCCCUGGAGAGCACCAUCACCCAGGGCGUGGCUCUGCAGCGGCUCGGAACGGAACUGCCUGACAUGGAGCUGGUCGCCUGGGCGGACAACGACCUCCCCUACCUUCCGAACGCUCAGGUGCCGGUGGACAUCAUCGUUCGGAACCGCCCGAACGCCACUGCGGACGCCAUCAACGCCACGGUGACGCUGGCGCUGCCGCCCUACAUGGCGUUCGGCUCGGUGGCGUGGACCAACUUCAGCGAGCCGCCGGCGGUGGCCGUGCGCCGGCACGCCGUGCUGCUCAGCUGGCCGCGCCUGCUGCCCGGAGAGGGCCUGCACGUGCAGCUGCUGCUCACCGUCGACCCGACCAACAAGCGCGGCCACGGCGCCGGCUACGCGGCCGCUGUCACACCCAUCUUCCUGCGCGCUACCAUGUUCCGCAGGUACGGUAUUCCGACACUGGAGUCCGGGGUGUACCCGCCGCAAGGAAAACUCUGGUACCCGAUGGCAACACCGACUUAUAUCAACUUUGACGUCAAUAGCGAAGACUGUUACGAGCCGCUCGGAAUAGCCAGCGGCCUGGUUGCCGACUGUCAGCUGUCGGCUUCGUCCGCUGCCGAAGACUCGCGGCUGGCUCACAUGGCCAGGAUGGAGCCGUGCGCCGCCGACGGCACUGGCGACACGGACACCAGCACCCCGAAGCCGACAACGGACCAGGGAGACGCAGCACCAUGCGUCGGUUCCUCAGGCUGGUCGCCCGAGCAGCGCGGCACUCCCUUCAUCCACUGGCACCAGGUGGACUUUGGUAACCUGACGCGGGUCACUGGACUACUGGUGGCCCGACCGGCCGGCACCCGCCGGGUCACCCGGUUCCGGCUCCAACACAGCCUGGCCGGCACCGUCUUCCAGGACAUCGGACCGGUGAUGGCGCUCAACUGGAGCUCUCUGCACAGUGACGGGGUGGUGACGCACAGGCUGGAUCGGGCAGUCGAGACGCGCUACGUGCGAUUUGUUAUAGAAGAGGCCGAGACAGGCGAUGACAAGUACAUCGGACUCCAGGUGGAGUACCUGGGCUGUCGGCGCUCCACUGACGUGCUCCAGGAGACGGUCUGUGCUGUCCAGCCGGCCACACCGUCCGCCGCAGACGCUGCGAGAAAUAGACACUUUGCUGUCGAUACAGCAAAUAAUCACAUAUACUUCUGCGAUUUAAUUCAAUCAAGGGGUCGGCGAGCCUGUUACGUCUCGCACGACUCGCGCAGCUGGCGACAGCUGCCGAACGUCAUAGAGCGGAUGGUCGGCUUUGACGAGUCGUCGGGUAAAAUAUACGGCGCUGGGAGGAGCCCGGACACCCUGCUCUGGAGCACCGACGGCGGGAACACCUGGGCUCCAGAGGCCAAGGCCGACUUCGAGGCGGUGUCUCAGGCUGGAGGUUUCUUCUCGGCUGUGGACGUGCCCUCGCAGGCCUCAGGGUCGGCCGGUUUCACAGGCCGUACUAUAGGGGACUGGACGGCCAGCUACCACGGCCUCAGCCAGGGCGGCCAGCUCAGGGUCAAGUGGUCAGCGCUGACCUGUAGCACCUGAACGCCGGCGGCGCCUCGUGGACAGGUCAAUGUCCGCCCCUGAUGGUCCUUGAUCAGUGAUUACGCAGAUAAAGCAUCUCUGUGACUAUGACGCCAACAAGCUUCUGAUUUGUAUCAUUGAGAGACUUUUUGGCUUCGUUGGCCCUGAUUUGUCGUUAUUUUUCAUGAGUAAACGGUUUCCAUAGUUCUUUAUAUUGUCAUGUGUAGUGAAUUAGAAAUAUUUUAUGAUUGCUUUCUCAAGUUUCCCGUUUGAACAAUU